AUGGCCCCAUCCUUCUUCUCCUCUGUUGGCUUCUGUGUAAUUGGAUCUAUCACCUUAGCCCUUGCCCUACCUCCAACUGAGCCACCGCUCAUCAAUAACCAUCCCUUUGUGGCUAUAUGGAACGCGCCAGUCGAGCACUGUAAACGUCUUCACAUCCCGUUGGACACUGCAGCCUUCCAGUCAGUGACGACACCCGCAGCUGUGCCAGGCCAGUUUCUCACCACCUUCUAUGAGGACCGCCUUGGCCUUUACCCUAGAGCUGAUUCUGUCAAGCAUAAGCUCUACAGCGGUGGGGUCCCCCAAAAUGGCAACCUGACAGAGCACCUGGCCAGAGCCCAAAAACAAAUAGAUCACUACAUCUCCCAGGAUUCUUCUCCUGGGCUGGCUGUCAUUGACUGGGAAUCCUGGCGCCCCCUGUGGGACCAGAACUGGGGUUCAAAACGCAUUUAUCAGAAAUUAUCCAUCAGUCGUACCCUGCAGAUGCUCCCGUUCUUAUCAUUAAAGCAAAUUCUUAAACUGGCAAAGAAACAGUUCCAGCGGGCUGGACGUCACUUCAUGGAAAAAACCAUUAGCCUUGGUACUGGUGAGCGUCCAAACCACCGAUGGGGCUUCUACCUGUUUCCUGAUUGCUACAACUAUGGAUGGAACAAGCUUGGCUACACGGGAGAGUGCUCCCACAAGACCCACAAGCAGAACAACCAGAUGCUUUGGUUGUGGGAACGCAGCACAGCUCUCUUCCCAUCAGUCUACCUUCACCAGAAUCUGAGGAACUCUCCCCGGGCUGCGCUCUUUGUUCGUAACCGUGUUCUUGAGGCUCUGAGGGUGGCAGCAUUGCCUAAACGUCCUUACGUUAUGCCAGUCUAUGUCUAUUGCAGGCCACUGUACCGGGAUCAGACCAAAAAGUUUCAGACCAGGAGAGAUCUAAUCAGCACGAUCGGAGAGUCUGCAGCACUUGGAGCUUCUGGGGUCAUAAUAUGGGGAGGUUCCAGAGACUACAACAACAAGGCGUCCUGUGAUGCUCUGUCCAAGUACCUGAGAUCCACAUUGAACCCUUACAUUGCUAAUGUGACUGCAGCUGCCAAGCUCUGCAGCGAAGUCUUGUGUCAGGGGAAGGGCCGCUGUGUCCGGAAGAGCAACAACUCUCGCCACUACCUGCACCUAAACCCCACCCAUUUCCACAUCAUACGAGCUGAUAGGAAGUAUGCGGCUAUUGGCCUCCCUUCUGCUGAUGACCUCAGUGCCUGGGCUGAAAACUUUACCUGUCAGUGCUAUGCACGGCGGAACUGUUCUCCCAAACUAGUACACCCAACCACCAUGAAACUCAUUUGGAUUUAA